UUCCAUGGCAAUCGGACAUGGCGCCUGGAAGCCAGCCUAUCCUUUCGUCCACCCCUCUGCAGGUUCUCCUGUACCUGAACAGCUGGUAUUUUGCAGCCUUCUACCUGGCAGAGAUUCUCAUGUUCAUCUACAAAGGGAUUUUACUCCCGUACCCGUCAGAUAAUCUGGUCCUGGAUGUGAUGCUGCUGGUGAUCUUCCUCGGACUGGAGACCCUCAGGAUCUUUUAUGGUGUGAAGGGGAACCUGUGCGAGCGCUCUCUGGCCUUGUGCGUGUCGCUCUUCAUCCUGGUUCCCUGCGCCGCGCUGGCUGUUUACUACCUGCUGCUGCAGACCUUCGUCCUGCGGCUGGAGUUCAUCCUCAGCACCGUCCUGCUCUGCUUCUACGGCCUGGAGUUCCUGCUUGGACUCCUCUCUGUAUCCGCCUUCUCCAGGUCCAAAGUUUACUGAGUUCACCUGAAACACAGAACACGAGGACGGAUCAACAGUGAACUCCUUAAAAAACAGCUCUGUAAAUAUAAAACUUUGUCUGAAGUUUGACACUAAAUAGUUUCUACUGUUGUUUUUAUACAAACUGUUUGUAACGAAUGCAUCGACCUGAGAUCAGGACAUUUUUGUAAAUAAAUUCUGCUUCAUUCCAGA